AUGGCCGUACUGGGCAGCGGGGGUAGCUGCACACGAGAGGCACACCUCCGGGACAACUCGGUGGUGAGUCCAGAUGCGAUCGGCGAAGGAGACACUGCACGAGACCAUGCAGAUCCAACCAAAAAAUCGCAGUCGCAGAAUGUUUUGAAGUAUCAUGUGGAUUUCAAUUCAGAUGUUCCUGGCGAAACCGCAGAACUUUGGGUUGGCACUCCGUAUGCGGCGUGGAUCGAGCGGGACGUGCGCCGGCGGCACGCGAAGGAACACAUGGCCAAGAUCGACGAGCUGCAGGAGCAGCUGCGGCAAGAGGUGCAGCGACGUGAAGCAGUGGAGCGAGAGCUCGAGGAAGCCAGAGAGGAAUUGAAGAAAGUCCCAGAGUUGCAGGCAGCUUUGUCUGAGAGCAGACAGACUCUCAUCAAGUAUGUGGAAAAGGGUAUGGCUGCCAGUAGCCUUGGGAAUCUGUUUGCUGUGUGCCGCAACGUCCUCCACCAGUGGCGAAGACACACAACUGUGAACACCAUCGACCGCCUGCGCAGACGCACUCCCGACGUGGGCCGCUGCCACUUCGAACUGCUACAGCUGCACGAGCAGGGCCUCGAGCAUCUCAAGGCAGUGCAGGUUGACAUGUUGAACUCCGUCGCGCGUUUCAUGGACAAAGAUGCCAUGAUAAUUCCAGAUCGCGACGACACAGAUGAGGAAUGGUCUUGA